GCCGCUCUCCUCCCCGUCGCCGCCGCCGCCGCCAUUUUGAAGGCGCCGCCGGUCGGGGCGGUCGCUGCCGCCGCCGCCGCCUCUCCCCGCCCCCGGCCCCUGAGUGAUGGCAGAGGAGGCCGAGCCCCGCGCCCCCGUGCUGGCGGAGGGGGGCUCCCAGGGGGCACCCCACGACCCAGCGGCGUCCCCCCACAUCGCAGGUGCUUUGGGGGGGGCGCCCCGAGAUCCUGAGGGGCACCCCUGUGUUGGGGGGUCCUCCGAGGGGGCACCGCAUGUCCCUGAGGGGUCUCCCAGUGUCGUGGGUGCCUCGAAGGAGGCACCCCCCAACCCAGGGGGGGCACCCCGUAACCCUGAGGGGUCCCCCCACAUCGUGGGUGUCUCCAAGGGGGCACCCCCUGACCCUGAGGGGUCCCCCCACAUCGUGGACACUCCCAAGGGGGCACCUCCUGACCCUGAGGGGUCCCCCACCCACAUCACAGCCUCCUCCCAGGGGGCUCCCCCCAAGCCCGCGGGGGCCCCCCCAAGCCCUGAGGCAUCACCCCAGCCCGCGGGGGGCUCCUCGGGGAUCCCCCCGCCCAGCCUUGGGGCGCUGCGGGUGGCGCUGGAGGCGGCUCUGAUGCGGGAUCCCGGGGAGGCGACGCCGGCCGAGCUGAGCCCGCUUUUGGGGGUCCCCCUGCCGCCCCCCGCCAAGUGCCGGCACCUGGACGGGGCCCGGCUGCUGCGGGACAACCUGCGCCUGGAGCCGGGGGGUCCGCCGGGGGGGCUGGGGGCGCUGCGGACGGCGCUGAGCAUCCUGGAGAAGUACGGGCGCAACCUGCUGCAGCCGCGGCCCCCCCGGCACUGGCGCGCCGUGCGCUUCGGCAACCCCGUCUUCCGCGGCACCGUCGGCGCCAUACAGGGGGGCCGGGGGGUGCUGCGGCUGCUGGGGUACACGGAGGAGACGGGGGAGGGGCUGAGCUUCCCGGCGGGGGCGGGGGCUCCCCACGGCCCCCGCGUGGCCGCCGUCACCGCCGACGUCCUGCUGCUGCGCGCCGAGCUCGACCUGCUGCUGGCCAACCAGCACCCGAACCCCCAGUUCUUCACCGACAUUCUGGCAGCAGGGGCCGAGGGGCCGCAGGUGCCUGAGACAGCGCCGGUAACGGGCAGGGGGAGCCCGGCAGACGGGACCCCGCCCAGCCGGCCCCACCCUGACCACGCCCCACUGCGCCUGCCCAGCCCCACCCGGGGGGAGCCCAGCUCGUCGCUCUCCCCGUGGCCAUACGGGACCGGGCAGCCCCCCGGCUCUAUGGGGCAGCCCCCCGGCUCUAUGGGGCAGCCCCCCGGCGCUGUGGGGCAGCCCCCCGGCAGCGGCGAGGCGGGGGGUGGCUGGGCCUGCGCCUCCUGCACCUUCGUGAACGCGGGCCCCAGCGUGCUGUGUGGGGUGUGCGAGCGGCCCCGCCUCGCCCGCCGGCCCCCGCCCGCCCCCCAGGGCUGGCAGUGCCCCCACUGCACCUACUGGAACGAGGGUUCGGGGCGGGUGUGCGACGUCUGCCACCGCACCGGGGGGGCCGCCGCGCCCGGCCCCGCCCCGCCACGCCCCGGGACCCCGCCCGGGACCGGGGGGGACGUGGGGGAGCGCCCCCCCGCCCCGGCCCCCGCCCAGGAGGCCGAGCGCCGGCGGCAGGAGCGGCUGCGGGAGGACGGGCGUCGCCUCGUCGCCCUGGUCAGGGCGGCGGAGGCGCAGGGCGUGCCGGCGGAGGCGGUGGUGGCGGCGGCGGCGGCGGCGGGCGGCCCGGCGGCCGCGGCGGUGGGGCGGGCCCGGGCGGGGCUGGGCGUGGCGCUGGGGGCGCUGGCGGGCGCGGCCGGGCGCCGGGGCGCGGCCGAGCCGGGGGGGCCGCUGGGGGCCCUGUCCCUGCGCGAGGCCGCCCGCGCCUGGGCCCGCGCCCGCGCCCACCCCCAGCGCGCCCUCGAGGCCUGCCUGGGCGCCCGGCGGCGGCAGCUGCGGGCGCUGGCGGCGCUGGGCUUCGCGGGGCGCGCGGAGGCGGCGGCCGCCCUCUACCAGAACGGGGGGGACGUGUGGGGGGCGCUGGGCGACCUGCAGCGCCGGCGCCUCCAGCCCUUCCUGCGGCGCCUCUGGGAGCCCCGGCAGCCCCCCCUCGACUUCGACUGCCCCGACCAGCAGGCGCUGGUGCGGCGGGCGCUGGCCACGCUGGGGCUGGCGAGCUGGGGCCGGGCGCAGCUGGUGGCCACGCUGGGCCGGGAGCUGGGGCUGGGCCGGGCCCCCCGCGGGCUGGGGGAGCUGGUGGAGGCCGUGGGGCGCUGCCCCGACCGCGCCGUCCUGCGGCGCCUGCUGCGCUGCGAGUGCGCCGUGUGCGGCUGGGGGCUGCCCCGCCACCAGAUGCAGUGGCUGACGUCGUGCGAGUGCCCGCUGUGCCCCGAGUGCUUCCGCCUGCACUUCACCAUCGGCGUGAAGGAGCGCCGCGUCGGCGACCUCGUGUGCCCGGCCUGCGCCCGCCCCGACCUGGCCGACGAGGCCCAGCGCCUCUCCUACUUCUCCACCCUCGACAUCCAGCUGCGGCAGUGCCUGGACCCCGACACGUACCAGCUCUUCACCCAGAAGCUGACGGAGCUCGAGCUCAUGCGGGACCCCAAGUUCAUCUGGUGCAUCCAGUGCUCCUUCGGGUUCAUCUUCGAGGCGGAGCAGGGCCCGGCCCAGUGUCCCCAGUGCCAGCAGCGCUUCUGCCCCCGCUGCCAGCGCCCGUGGGACCCCCAACACGCCACCCUCUCCUGCGCCGAGUUCGGGGCCUGGCUCAGCGCCCGCGACCCCCAAGCGCCGCCCGUGGGGCUGGCGGCCUUCCUGCAGGAGCACGGCAUCGCGUGCCCGCAGUGCGGGGUGUGGUACGCGCUGGCGCGGGGCGGCUGCAUGCACUUCCAGUGCUCCCAGUGCCGCCACCACUUCUGCAGCGGCUGCUACGGGCCCUUCCACGCCAAGGACCGCUGCCCCGAGCCGGGCUGUCCCCUGCGGGGGUCCCUGCACGGCCACCACCCCCGCGACUGCCUCUUCUACCUGCGCGACUGGGAGCCGCCCCGCCUGCAGCGCCUGCUCCGCGAAGGGGGGGUGCCGUUCGACACGGAGCCGCCGGCCGGAGCCCGACCCGUUCCCGGAGGGGGCUGCGGGGUGCUGGAGCAGAAGGAGACGCCGGCCGGGCUGCGGGACGAGCCCUGCGGCAGGGAGGCGCCCCCGGGGCACGCGGGGCUCUGCCGGGGGCACUACACCGAGUACCUGGUGCGGCUGAUCAACGAGCACCGCCUGGACCCGGCGCCGCUGUACAGCGCGGCCGAGCUGCUGGCGGCCGCCGAGCGCCACCUGCCGGGCGGGCGGCCCCCCCGCGGCGCGCGCGAGAGCGACGGCGAGUACGAGCAGCGCCUGCACCGCCUCCUGGCGCGAGAGGCGCCGCUGGGGGCGCGCCCGGCCCGGCGCUAGCCCCGCCCCCGACCCCGCCUCCCCGCCCGCCCCGCGCCGAGCCGAGGGGCGGGGCCAAUAAAGGCGUCACGUGGGC